CGGGCAGCGGUCGGACGGUCCCUAUGUGCCCCGCGCGGCCCCGAUCCGAGGCCCUAGAGGGGCCCCCGCCGCCAGAGAGAGGAAGAGGAGGGGGCGGGAGAGGGCAGGCCGCCUUGCCUGGAGGGCUGGAGAGCCAGCGAGGGCUCCUCCCGCUCCGCGCCGGGCGGGUGGGAGGCAGGGCGGGCAGAAGCGGCCGCCGGAGCCUCCAACAGCAGCGGCCGGGCCCUGCCUUCCGCGCGGGGGCGGCGGCCUCUGGCAUCGCUCGCUCGCCCCGUCCCAGAGGCCAGCCUGCUGCUGCUGCUGCUGCUGUUGCGCCUGCCCGCCCGCGCCGGCUCCCCUCCGCGCUGCCCCUGCUGCCCGCCCGCGCCGGCUCCCCUCUCCGCCCUCCAGGCCCAUGGCCAGCGCGGGGCUGCAGCUGGUGGGCUACUUCCUGGCGCUGGCCGGCUGGGUGGGCGCCAUCUGCGCGACCGCGCUGCCUCAGUGGAAGCAGAGCUCCUACGCCGGCGACGCCAUCAUCACGGCCGUGGGGCUCUACGAGGGCCUGUGGAUGAGCUGCGCCUCGCAGAGCACCGGGCAGGUGCAGUGCAAGCUCCACGAGUCGCUGCUCUCCCUCGACGUUCACAUCCAGACCUCCCGGGCGCUCAUGGUGGUGUGUAUCCUGCUGGGCUUUGUGGGUGUCGUCGUCAGUGUGAUCGGGAUGAAAUGCACCAAAAUUGGGGAUGAGAAUCCGGUGGUGAAAAGCUGGAUCGCUGUCCUGGGAGGUGUUUUCUUUCUGCUCGCUGGUCUGUGUGCAGUGACAGCUGUCUCAUGGUAUGCAGCAAGGGUGACGUAUGAAUUCUUCAAUCCCAACACGCCAGUUAAUGCCAGGUUUGAAUUUGGACCCGCUUUGUUCGUGGGAUGGUCAGCGGCUAGCCUGAUCCUUCUGGGAGGAUCCUUUCUCUCCUGUUCCUGCCCCAAACCAGAGGAAAGAGGCCAGCAGUAUUACCGGCAAUCACAGCCCUCCACAGCUAGAGAACCCGUGGUAAAAAGGGGAGAUCAGUGCGUAUAAGAUCUUCACCUACUCGGUCAGGGGGAGAGACGUCUUUAUGGCUUGCGUUUCCCCUUCUGAGAGACCAAAAGGACUGUAGCGAGGACAUCUAAAGUGUCCCCCCCCCCGAGAUCUGUUUUCUAUAUUGGGAAAAACGUAAAUAUAUAAAAAAUGCAGCACUGACAAUGAGAACUAUAAUUCCUGUACUCUAAACGUCGUCGUAAUAUUUUCUAUGGUACCGAGGAUACCAUUUGAUGGGAGAGCUUUGCAUUCUGUUUCUAACUGUUUGUACUACAAUGUGACUUAUUAAAGCAUUUUUAUGGCUGGCUUUCUAAAA